AAUGUCAUCAUCUUCGGUGAAUCUGGCGUCGGCAAAAGUUCCCUUAUAAACAUGCUGUCCGGCGACGACAACGCGUCUGCGGCUGUUUCCAACCAGGCGCUCGGUUGUACAUUCGAGACAGAGCCAUACCGGGUCACCAUCGACGAGCGCGAGUACGUGCUCUGGGAUACCGCAGGGCUCAACGAAGGCUCCAAGGGUUCUGUGACAGCAGAUGAGGCGUGCGAGAAGCUCGUUCACCUGCUGCAGCAGCUAAGGGGCGGUGUGCACUUGUUGGUGUACGUCGUACGCGGGACUCGCUUGCGGAGCAUCGUCAAGAUCAACUACGAUAUCUUCCAGCGUGUCGUCUUCCGCGGGCAGGUCCCGAUCGUGCUCGUCGCGACGGGCUUGGAAAAUGAGGACCGGAUGGAGAACUGGUGGGACGAGAACGGGGGAGAUUUGGCCGGCAACGGGCUGCAGUUUGACGGGCAUGCGUGCGUCACGACGACGAAAGGGAAAAGGUUGAAGUCUGGAGAGCAUAUGCUGGAAGAAGAGUACGCGCAAUCGAGAGACCUGGUAAGAGCGUUGAUCAAAGAG